AUGCCCGAUGUUAAACUGCUGACGGGCCAUCUUCUGACCAUAAAAACUGUCUCAAAGUUGUUCCCGUCGAACACCGUCAUGCACAACGUCUUCUGGGAGAUCUCAAAACAGUUUCCUAGUGGUUUCUUCUAUAUUGACCUCUGGCCAUUCGCUAGAACCACCUUGGUCAUCACGACCCCAUCUGGAGCCGCCCAAGUUGAAGCUUUUGACCUGGCGGUGCCUGAUUCAAUCGUUCAUCCAAUCGAGACCAUUACCGGCGGGCCGAGCUUAUUGACGAUGCGAAUCGGCCCAAAAUGGAAGAGACAGCGUCGAGCUCUCAGCUCCGGGUUCAGCGCAAGUAGCAUGAUGGCUCUCGCACCAGCAGUGGCAGAAGAGGUUGCAGUUUUCCGGCGCCUCCUCCUCGAUCGAUGCUCAGCAGGGGCCUCUGACGUAUUCCAACUGGAAGACUUGACUUUGAGAUUGACUUUCGAUGUUAUCGGAGUUGUGACCUUCGGCACCAAGUUGCACUGCCAAACCACAAAUAAUGAGCUGGCGAGAGCUAUGCGGAGGCAGAUUGAAUGGACCACCUUCACCGUCAUGAACCCGCUGCAGCGAUAUAUCUCCCUCCGCCCUCUCGUUCACUGGAUAAAUGGGCGGCGCACGGAUAAAUACAUCGCCGUAGAGAUCGAGAAGAGGUUUCAAGAAUGUCUUAGUACACAGAGCCUUGGUACACAGGUCGACGAAGAUCUGGACACGCAACGCUAUCCGUCGACAAUAUCACUACUUCUGGACGAUAUACUGCAGCAGGAGGAAGGAGUCAAGAAUUUGCACACACAUAAAGAGUCGCUGAAAAAGACAAUGACGGCUCAGCUGCGUGCCUACUUAUUCGGGGGCCACGAUACAACCAGCAGCACUCUUUUAUAUUGCUACUACCUCCUCUCGACGCAUCCCGACGUGUUGGAGAAAGUCAUGGCUGAGCACGACAACGUCUUUGGUGUCGGGACGGCCUCUCGAGAGCAUGACUUGAUUUGCGAAAAUCCGAACCGGCUCAAUCAGCUUCCAUAUACGCUAGCAGUUAUCAAAGAGGUACUGCGCAUCUUUCCUCCUGCCGCGUCAAUGCGGGAAGGGCGACCAGGUGCCGAAGUCGUUGACGAGCAUGGUCGUGUCUACCCUACCGAAGGGUGUAACGUGUGGUCGCUGACAUUGGCCAUUCACCAUAAUCCCAAGUACUGGGCCGAUCCCGAGGAUUUCAACCCUGAUAGAUGGCUCGUCGGCCCUGAGGAUCCCUUAUACCCCUCUAAAGGGGCAUGGAUACCAUUCCAGCACGGCCCUAAAAAUUGCUUGGGGCAGCCGCUCGCGGUACUUGAAUUGAAGAUCUGUCUCGUUAUGACACUUCGAGAGUUUUGCAUCACUCCCGCCUAUGAGGAAUGGGAUGUGAGGCAUCCGAGACGGGGCAUCAAGAUGAUCAACGGGAACAGAGCCUACCAAGCCGAGAAGGGUGGAGGCGGUGCACACCCUGCGGAUGGGUUGCCCGUGAGGGUAAAGCUACGAGAAAGAUGA